AUGUUUUAUAAUCUUCCAAGAACACCAUAUAUAAAAACAAGAGUGCAGCCAAGAGUAUUAUAUAAUGGAUUUGAGAAGUACAAGUAAGAAACUAUAGAAGCACAAAAAUAGUAAAGGUUUAGAAUACAUAUGAAUAUUAUCAUUAUUUAUAGAAGAAAAAGGAGUAUUCAGAUUAAUAAAAGGAGUUAUUGGAAGGAUUAAAAAUAGAUAAUGAUGAUAUGAAGAAAUUAUCAUAUUCAGUAAAAUGUUUCGGAGUGAGUAAUAAAGAAGGAAAAUUCGGAGUUUAAAGCUAGCGAAAAUUUAUGGGGGGAUCAUUCGAAUCUUAAUCACCUUAUGAGGUGAAUAUUUAAAGUGAAAGAAUAUCUUAUCCUUUCAAGUCAAAACGCCUAAUUACAAGUAGAAGAUAAUAAAGAGACAAAUAGAAACCCCUCUCAGAAAUUAUUAAAUUACCAGAUAGACCCGAAACAGUCAGAACAGAAUAAGUCUCAAAUGUCGAUAGAAUUGUUAAGAAAUCCCGCUUAAAGUUUAGACAAUAACAUUCUCAACCAUAGCCCUAGAUAGCAUUCGAUAAAACAAAAGCUAAGUAUCAAUCUUAUAGUCGUCUUCUCUCAGAAGCCCAUAGUCAUGAAAGCUUUUAUAAAAUACUUAGUCCUUGA